AUGAUCUGCUCUGUGAAGCAAUACUCAACUAUAACAAAUGGGUCUGAUAUCUUUUUGCGGCAGAGCACUCGGCCGCCGAUGCAAAGAUCGUUACUUUUGCCCUCUCUUCCGGUGCCAAAGUCUCAGAGAUCAGUUAUUUCCGUGCAAAAGGCCUUACAUGUGUCUGCGAUCGAGAGUUUUAGGUCUCCAAAGCCUCGAACAAGUUUGAUCAAAUGCCAAGCUUACGAGGCCGACCGAUCGCAGCCGAUCGAGUCGAACAUCGAGCUUCCGAAGGCCGAUACUCGAUCAGAGGCGGCGAAGAAGCUGAAGAUCGGUGUGUAUUUUGCUAUGUGGUGGGCCCUGAACGUGGUUUUCAAUAUAUACAAUAAGAAGGUGUUGAAUGCCUACCCCUUCCCUUGGUUGACCUCCACUUUGUCUUUGGCAUGUGGGUCUUUGAUCAUGUUGAUCUCCUGGGCUACUAGGAUUGCUGAGGCGCCCAAGACUGAUAUGGACUUCUGGAAGGCUCUGUUUCCUGUUGCUGUGGCACAUACAAUUGGGCAUGUAGCAGCGACUGUUAGUAUGUCUAAGGUUGCAGUUUCUUUCACUCAUAUCAUCAAGAGUGGAGAGCCAGCUUUCAGUGUAUUGGUUUCAAGGUUCCUGUUGGGCGAGUCCUUCCCUACAUCCGUCUACCUGUCCCUCCUUCCAAUCAUCGGUGGGUGUGGUCUUGCUGCCUUGACAGAGCUUAACUUCAACAUGAUAGGAUUUAUGGGGGCCAUGAUAUCUAACCUGGCAUUUGUCUUUCGGAACAUAUUUUCAAAGCGGGGCAUGAAGGGAAAGUCUGUUAGCGGGAUGAACUAUUAUGCCUGUCUAUCUAUAUUGUCGCUCAUAAUUCUCACACCAUUUGCAAUUGCGGUGGAGGGACCUGCGAUGUGGAAAGCUGGAUUUGAAACAGCCAUCUCUCAAAUUGGACCCAACUUAAUAUGGUGGAUGGCAGCCCAGAGUGUCUUCUAUCAUCUCUACAACCAGGUGUCAUACAUGUCCCUGGACGAGAUUUCUCCCUUGACAUUUAGCAUAGGAAACACCAUGAAACGUAUAUCUGUCAUAGUGUCCUCCAUCAUCAUAUUCCACACACCUGUUCAGCCCGUCAAUGCUCUUGGAGCUGCUAUUGCAAUUUUCGGAACUUUCUUGUAUUCCCAGAUGCCAACAGUCAAAGCAGUGAGAAGCUUGGCCUCGAGGAGGUUUACGUUCAUGUAA